GAAGCAGUUUCUAAGCAGUGGAGGCUGACCUAUUCAGGCAAAUUUUGCAUGGCCCCAUCAAUCUCAGACUGCCUCCGGCCAACCCCCACAUGCCAUUCUUCUUACUGACUUCUUGCUUGUUAUUGCCUCUGCCUCCACCCACUGCUGGUCUCCUGCCUUACCAGUCUCGCUAGGCAGCAGCUACCACUAAAGAUAAGUAAAGAAAGGAAGGAAUGGGGUACCCCUCACUACACACAGCAGAUGUGAGCAUCGAGGGCACCGCUCCAAGCCAAGGCUGGACUUUGUCCCACCCCUGCUGCACAGAUUGUAUGACAGUCAGGCCAGGCAAUUCAGGCUACAGCUGCGAGCAAGCUUUCACUUUUGCCUGAAAACAACAACCCAGGCACGGGACACAGAAAAGGAACUGCAGAGGGGAACCAGGGACACAGCAGUCAUAGUGAGAGGCUCAGUCAAGACGUCCACCCACUCCCCAACUCCUGAGGACUGAAAAAUCCAACUCAGUUGAUGUUCUCAAGCUGCCUUUUGCUCUGGUGCCAUGAAGACCUUGUUUAAAUGCUUCUGGAAUCUGCGGCCACCUCACACAUUGCUCCAUCAAGUCAAAAGACACCUUGCCUCUCCAAUCACCUCACACUACGAAGCUAUAAACCGAUGUGAGCAGGAAGUGCCCAAGUACUUCAAUUUUGCUAGUGAUGUUCUGGACAGGUGGGCCCAAGUGGAAAAGGAAGGAAAGAGAUCUCCAAACCCAGCCUUCUGGUGGGUGAAUGACCAGAGCAAAGAGGUGAAGUGGAGCUUUGAGGAACUGGGAGUCUUAUCCCAGAAAGCUGCCAACAUGCUCCUUGGUCCAUGCAGCUUGCAAAGAGGUGACCGGAUCAUGACAGUUCUACCCCGGAUUCCAGAAUGGUGGCUACUAAGUGUGGCUUGUAUGCGGACAGGCAUUGUUUUCAUCCCAGGGACGCCCCAGUUAACCGCCAAAGACAUCUCCUACAGGCUCCAGGCUUCCAAAGCCAAAUGCAUCGUGGUCAGCGACACGUUGGCCCCUGCAGUGGACUCAGUCCUGUCCGAAUGCAGUUUUCUGAAAACCAAGCUUCUUGUGUCCGACAGCAGCAGAGAUGGCUGGCUGAACUUCAAGGAUCUCUUCCAAGCAGCACCUGCCAACCACGACUGCGUUAAGACAACAAGCGACGAGCCCAUGAUCAUCUACUUUACAAGUGGGAGCACAGGGUCUCCCAAAAUGGUGGAACAUUCCCACUGCAGUUACGGGAUUGGAUUUACAGCAAGCGGCAGGCACUGGAUGAAUCUGAGUCCUUCAGAUAUAUUCUGGAAUACAUCUGACACAGGAUGGGUGAAGUCAGCUUGGAGCAGCGUGUUUGCUCCGUGGAUCAAUGGGUCAUGUGUCUUUGUACAUCACCUGUUGAAGUUCGAACCCACUGUCAUAAUAAAUACUCUCAACCGAUACCCAAUCACGACUUUCUGCACAGCUCCUACUGCAUACCGGAUGUUGGUUCAGCACGAUCUCACCAGCUGCAAAUUCAUGAGCCUGAAGCACUGUGUGACAGGAGGGGAACCACUCAUCCCAGAAGUGAUGGAGCGGUGGAAGGCUCAUACAGGGCUGGAUAUCUAUGAAGGCUACGGACAAACAGAAACAGUAACAAUAUGUUCCAAUAUAAAGGGAAUGAAAAUCAAACCGGGCUCACUAGGAAUGGCUUCUCCACCAUAUGAUGUCCAGACUGUAGAUGAUGAAGGCAAUGUUCAACCUCCAGGACAAGAAGGGUACAUUGCGAUCAGGAUCAAACCCAAGCGACCAUUUUGUCUUUUCUCAGGGUACUUAGAUAACCCUGAGAAAACAGCAGCUAGUGAACGUGGCGAUUUCUAUAUCACUGGAGACAGAGCGAUUAAAGAUGAAGAAGGUUAUUUCUUUUUUGUCGGAAGAUCAGACGAUUUGAUUAAUUCUGCUGGGUACCGUAUCGGCCCGUUUGAAGUGGAGAGUGCCUUGAUAGAGCACCCAGCUGUGGUGGAAUCGGCUGUGGUCAGCAGCCCAGAUCCUGUGAGAGGAGAGGUGGUGAAAGCCUUUGUCGUCUUGUCACCUGCCUUUUUAUCACAUGACCCAGAAGAAUUAAUCAAGGAGCUCCAGGAUCAUGUGAAAAAGGUGACUGCUCCUUACAAGUAUCCUAGAAAGGUCGAGUUUGUCCAAGAGCUGCCCAAGACAGCUGCAGGGAAAAUGCGAAGGAACGUUUUGCGGAAAAGAGAGUGGGGGACUGUCUAGCUUCGGAAGGACAUUUGCAUAUGCAGAAUCGUCCUGCAAUCAGCUGUUCGCUUUGACGAUGGAGAGUUUCCCCAUCUUGCCUUCAUAUCCUAAUCUAUUGCUAAGUUAUGAUAUCUCAAGCAAAGGGAUUCACAUUCUCCAGCAACAAUAACUAUACUUUCUCCUAAGUUUGCUUCUCUUCAUAUGAAUAUCUCAACAUUCCACCAUUCUUCUUGGCUUUACCUUUUCGGCAUGACUUUCUAUGCCAAAAUACUAGCAUGCUUUCUGAGCAGGCCAACUGUUUUGAAAAGGCACAAGCCUUAAAAUGAGCAGAGAGUGUCACUUCACAACUCUUCACAGCAUGGACCUAUGGAAAAAAAAUGGGCAAAUUGCCAUGUGAAGCUCCCGUGAUUUUCCAGGUUGAUGGGCUGCAAAUUGAUUUUUUUCUAGACCCAAAUAACACGGAAAUGAGCAUGAAACUUACACUACAUUCCAUUCCUUUAGUUCUCCAUAACUGCCUUUCUACAUCAUGUGAAAGCUCAAAUAUAAUGGGCAAAAUAACAGCUAGGGGAACAUCGGGAGAAUGGAAUUAAUUGCAGUGAGAAUGCAGCCUUUGUUGCCAAAGUGAAACUGCAAUACAUCGGGAAUUCUUCACCGUUACAUGUUUAUUAUUAUUUCCUGUGGCCCUUCAGAUGAAGUUGGUGGGUUCCAUCUCCCAUCCAUCACAAGACAGCAUGGCUAAUGGUUAGAAAUGAUGGGAGUUGUAGUCCAGCAACAUCUGGAGAGACCCAGCUAUGUAGAAUGCAAUGGAUGUGUAGUUUGCUACAGCUGGCAGUUCUUCAGCUCAUUCUAAGGAUGGGCAAAUUUGUUGAUUCUGGUUUCUAGUUUUUCCAAUCUUAAAUCGGUUUCUAGAUUAGCUUGUCUUAGUCUGCGCAAAAAUUCAUAGGCAUUCCUGCUGGCAUUUCUUCUAAUAGAUGCAUUUUUGUAUGCAACGCUACCUAAUUUAUAGAUUUUUGUGAACAAUUUCCCAUAACAUAACAAAAAUUUUGGUAUUAUCUUCAUGUGCGCACUUCUAGGUGCAUCUAUGUACACAUUCUUUGGUUGGGAAACUUCAUUGCAAAAUUCAGUAAAAUGUGGGUUUUAAAGGAGAGCUGCACCCCCCCCCCCAUGUAUUGGUUUGGGAAGUGCAAAUCUGGUAAGUUUGUAUUAAAAUAUGAACUGAACUAAUCUCUAUUCCAUCCCCAAGCCAUUCAUAUAUUUCCCUUCCUUUGUGUUGCUGAUGAACAUAGUUGCACAUGGUUGUAAAGCAAAAUGAGCUCCGCAACCCCAGAGUCGUCUGUGACUGGACUUAACUGUCAGUGGUCCUUUGGUAAAGGACCCCUGGAUGGUUAAGUCCAGUCAAAGGCAACUAUGGGGUUGCGGCACUCAUCUCGCUUUCAGGCCGAGGGAGCAGGCGUUUGUCCACAGACAGCUUUCUGGGUCAUGUGGCCAGCAUGACUAAACGGCUUCUGGUGCAAUGGGACACCGUGAUGGAAACCAGAGAGCACGGAAAUGCCGUUUACCUUUCCGCCACAGUGGUACCUAUUUAUCUACGCACACUGGUGUGCUUUCGAACUGCUAGGUUGGCAGGAGCUGGGACAGAGCAACGGGAGCUCACCCCGUCAUGGGGAUUCGAACUGCCUACCUUACAAUCAGCAAGCCCAAGAGGCUCAGUGGUUUAGACCACAGCGCCACCUGCUCCCUUAACACUCAUCUAAUCAACAUACAACUGGCCCACCCCUUUGUGACAUCUCAGAAAUUUAACCAAGGGCAGCCAGAGGAGACAAGACACCACCGCAUGCCUAAGUCCAUGGUGACAUCAGAGCAAAUCUGUCGCUUUUGCAAAAUACCCUUGCAAAAUGCCAUAGGCUGUGAUCCUCCUCAUUGUAUAAACUUAUAUUGAAGAACAUUAGUUCUUUGCACUGUUUUGCAGAAACACUUGGGUCAGAAAUGCCGCAUAGCCUGUGUAUAUUUCCCUUGCAUUCUAACCAACCAUAAUUUUAUAAGACAUUAAUGUACACGAAACUUUUAUGUUGUGCUGCCCACUGUGCAACAUAUUUGCAGAGCUGACCUUUGCAUUUCUUCAAAGGAAAGAGUUUUCUGAUUGUACCAAAUAAAUAAUCGCUGGAAAUAAA